UUCUUUACUAUCAAACUCACUAUGAUUCUGAACCGUCAAAGGAACAAGACCUUGGCUGUGUUGGUUGGAUGCUUCAUAGUGUACUUGAUUUCAAGGACAACCUUUGAACAUUCAUCACCUAAGAAACUCAGUCAUACAAGCAGUGGGAAGAGUGGUCACUUAUCCUUUGCACAAAUUAAGGCAGAUGCAGAAAGAGCAGCACUUGAUGCAAUGGAAAAGGGCGACUCUGUCGGAGAAGAUAGUGCUCUUGAUAUGAAAACAAUCAUGUCUAUCCGUGACUACUCUAUCUUUUUCCACAAUUUGGAAGAUUUUGAUCCAAAGUCAGACCUGUUGAAGGGUAAGUAUAAAACAGAUAAGGCCAAGGAAUUGUUUUCCAAUGGUGGCGACUUUUUGUUUUCCAAAGAAUACUUGGAAAAUGUCUUGGAUGUCCCAGAUGAAACUGUUACCCGAUUGAAAGACAGUCACACGAGAUAUGUUGAUCAACAAAUCAAUCGUUUAGUGGAAAACUCCGGGGUUUCCACAUUUGGGAACAUCUUGGAGUCUGAUCCAGAAUGGAGCACUUACCAGGGCUCUUCUGGUUAUGUUCUUAUUGGUGGAGGGGAGUAUAGUUGGCUUUCCUUCCUUGUGAUCAAACAGAUUCGUGCCACUGGGAGUAAGUUACCCAUUGAAUUGUUUCUACCAGGAACCAACGAUUAUGAAAAGGAUUUCUGUGAAAAGUUAUUACCAAAGUUCAAUGCUAGAUGUAAUGUUUUUGAUGACAAUUUGGCUGCUGACUUGAAGAAAAGAUUCAAUCUUGGUGGAUAUCAAUACAAAAUGCUUGCAAUUUUAAGUUCCAAGUUUGAAAAUAUUUUGUAUUUGGAUUCCGAUGGAUUCCCCACCAAGGACUUGGACUAUCUUUUUGAGAGUGACUUGUAUAAGGAAAAGAACAUGAUCAUUUGGCCAGAUGCAUGGGCAAGAACUACCAACCCAAAGUUUUAUGACAUUGCAAGUCAUACGGUAACUGAAAAGAAAUUGAGAUAUUCAUCAUAUGAUAAGAAACAAGCUGAAAAGAAAGAUACCAAGGUUAAAGAGUUGAAAGAUUAUGAUUUCACCAAUUCAAAUUAUCAUGAUUUUGAAGGUGCUAUCCCGGAUCCAACAUCUGAAACCGGGAUCUUGAUGAUCAACAAGACCUCGCACAUGAGAACAUUAUUAUUAUGUUUGUAUUAUAAUGUGUUUGGUCCUCACUUCUACUACCCACUCAUGACUCAAGGGUCUGCUGGAGAAGGUGAUAAGGAAACUUUUAUUGCCGCAGCCAUCGUCAUGGGAGAACCAUGGUUCCAAACUUUGAAACAAUUCCAUUGGACUGGUUAUAUUAAGGAAGAUUCUGGGAAAUUUGACUCCAAGGCCUUGGGUCAUUAUGAUCCAGUGCAAUCGCUGAAGAUGACUAAGGAUGACGAAGAGAUUGAUUAUUGCUUUAUGCAUUUGUCAUACCCCAAGUUCUAUCCUAAUUGGCUUGCAGACAACCAUGAUUUGGUUUAUGAAAAGCUGGGAAAGCAUAUCCGUAUGUACAAGGAUAUCUAUAAAAAUGUUGGGUAUGAUUUUGAUUUGAGAGUACUUCAAUUCUUUGUCCAAGGUUUAUGUCCUAGUUAUUAUGACAAGGAUGGUGCUGCUGUGGAUGGAUCCUCUGCAACAAGACAGAAUGACUAUGUUGGUAAGUAUUUGAAGUAUGUUCUGGAUAGAGAACAAGAGGAUGAGGCAAGAUGCAAAGAUAUUUUCAUUCCACAUUUGAAAUGGCUUAAGGAGACAACUAAGGUUUCUAUGGGUUAGACUAUCAAGUAUAUAUAUAGAGGAGAGGAGAAUUGAGUAAACUACAAAAGAUAUAAUGUAUGAGUGGUUA